UGUAAAUUGCGCUUUUUGGCUGAAAAAAAAAUGAUGCGUUACGUAACUAUUUUCUUUUGGACACGAAUAAAAUCAUUACAGUAAUUAAUCCUUUUGUGAAUAGCUUUCUAUCAUUACACGGUCAUAUUGACAGAUUCAAAUGAGUAAAGAAUCGAAAAGAGGACGUGUUCUAACGUUGGUAUUUUGCGUACUUGGAUUAUAUGGAUCAUUUUUAACAUGGUCUGUAUUACAAGAAAGAAUCAAUACCAAACCAUAUGAUGGAGAAUACUUUAAAGCUCCAUUAAUAAUUAAUAUUACUCAAGCUUUUUUUGCAUCUAUAGUUGGAUUAUUAUAUUCAUUAAUUAGUACUAAAUCUAACCCAUUUUCUAUUUUUACAGAAAAUGAAUCAAGUAUUGGUAGAAAAUUAUUAACUUCAUUCAUAUUAAUUUCUUUAACAUCAAGUUUAUCAUCUCCAUUAGGUUAUAUGUCUUUAAAACAUGUGGAUUAUUUGGCAUAUUUAUUAGCCAAAUCUUGUAAAUUAAUUCCAGUCAUGCUUGUUCACUUAAUUUUUUAUAAUACAAAAUUUCCAUUAUUUAAAUAUAUUGUGGCAUCUUCAAUAACAUUUGGUGUAAUAUUAUUUACAGUUUUCCAUUCAUCAAAAAAGGAAAAGGAUACUUUAAAUGAUGGACAAACCAUAUUAGGUAUGUCACAAUUAUUGGGAUCGAUGCUUUUAGAUGGUUUAACCAAUUCAACACAAGAUCAAAUAUUUAAAUUAAAUAAAAAUGCAGUUAAUAAAGUAACAGGAGCAAAAUUAAUGUGUAUUCUUAAUUUAUUAGUAUGUAUUUUGACUUUGUUAUACUCACUCAUAUGGAAAUAUGAUACAGAAAUUGAUUACACCAUUAAAUUUAUUCAUAAACAUCCUCAUGUAUUAGUAAAUAUUUUGGAAUUUUCUAUAUUUGGAGCUGUUGGUCAAAUUUUCAUCUUUAUAAUUCUCGAGAAAUUCGAUUCUUUAAUCUUAGUUACUGCAACAGUUACUAGAAAAAUGAUUAGUAUGAUUCUUAGUGUGGUUUUAUUUGGACAUUAUUUAACUAGCUUACAAUGGUGUGGAGUUGGAUUAGUUUUUGGAGGUAUUGGCUAUGAAGCCUUAGUGAAAUUAACUUCAACUAAGAAAAAAGUUGACUAAUAAAAUCAUGUCUUGUUUAAAUUAAUAGAAACUUUUGUAUAAUUAGAAAUUAGGAAUUAGAGAUUAAAAAUUGCAGCUACUGAGUUUUUUUGAUAGAAAUUCCUGCAUAGAACUCUACGGCAUGUAUAAAAUUUAUAGAUUCGAAUGUUUACUAUAUUCUAUAUUCUCAAUAUAAAUUCUUUAAGUCACA